GGAGCUGAGGCCUGGCUUGGGGCGUUCUGCAGCCCCACUCAUGUGCAUGGAGUUUGUUCUGUUUGAAUUGUACAAAGUGUCUUUUGCACAGCACAGAAAUGGGUUUUUUCUUUCCUCUUUUUUUUUUUUUUUUUUUAAUUUAAAGGUAAGCAGGGGUGAGCCCCUAAGCCCUGCACCCCCUGUCACUCCCCCCAUUCCCGCGCCUUGGGCCCAGGGGUGGCCGAGCUCGUCUCCCCUCCCCGCCCGGCGCUUCGCUCCCGCCGCCGGCUGCACUUUGUUUACUGGUUCGCCCCCGCCCGGGGUCACGGCGUGUGCAGGCCCCGGGCUGCGGCCCCGCGGCCCCGGCAGCCCCCGGCCCUCCCGGGGCCUCCCGGGGCCGCAGCGGCUCCGGGGCCCAGUGUCGUCCUGGCGCGCGGCGGGGCCGAGCCGCGGCUCCUGCAUCUCAUUUCUAUCAUUUCCUAUUUUUAAUAAACUGUUUUGUAAAGUCGCGAGUGCCGCCUCUUGCGGGGCGGGGCGGGCCGGGGGGCCGGGCCGCGGCGCCGCUCCCUGCCCCGGGGCGGUGCGAGCGGCAGCGGCCAUGGCCGGGGGGCGGCGGGCGGCGGCGGCGCUGGCGGAGCCGCGGCGGCUGAUGCGCACGGGGCUGGCGCUGAUCGUGCUGGGCCACGGCAGCCUGGUGCUGGGCGCCAUCGUGCACGGCUCGGUGCUGCGGCACGUGGCCGGCGCCCGCCGCGCCGUCACCCCCGAGUACGCGGCGGCCAACGUGGUGUCGGUGUGCUCGGGGCUGCUGAGCAUCGCCGCGGGCAUCGUCGCCAUCCUGGUGUCGCACAACCUGUCCCGGGCGGUGCUGCACUGGACCCUGCUGGGCGUCUCUCUGCUGAACUGCCUGCUGUCCACCGCGUGCAGCGUGGGGCUGGCGCUGGCCUUCGCCCUUACGGUGCACAGCCGGGGCACGCACCUGGUCCGGGGCUGCAACAGCUCCGCGCUGCCUGUGGAUGCCCGUGCAGCCAUUGCGACUAACGACUGUCCCUUCAACACCACGCGCAUCUACGACACAGCCCUGGCCCUCUGGUUCCCCUCCCUGCUGCUGGCAGCUGCGGAAGCCGUGCUCUCGGGCAGGAGCUGUUUGGUGGCUCUGGUCUUCCAGGGCAUCGGGCCCUGUGCAUACAGCUAUGGCAAAGAGCAGCUGGCCGGGCCAAGUACAGCAAUGGAGAAGCCACCCCGUGAGAGGCAGCAGCUCCUGGCAGGACUUGCUGAGUCUCCUGCGUAGCUGGAGAGGUGGUGCCGCAGGAGCGCUGUGAUCCAGCAAGGCCGGGGCCCAGGUGAUGUCACACCUCCUGCAGUGGGCUGCAGCAGGGAGGGUGUGCCCUGCCCCCUCUCUCCCAGCUCCACCACCCCACCUGGGACAGACCCUGCAGGUCACCAGGUGCCGUGGGCCCCAGAUGCUCUCCCAUCCUCUCCCCAAGCUGCCGGGCCCUUCCUGGUGUGCUGGAGGCUGUUGGUUUCUGUCAGCAGUGAUGGGGUGGGCAGUCCUGGAGCCACUGCAGGCAUGGCAGCUGGCUGUGCCUGUGCUCAGACAUGUCAGGGAACAGAAGGGGAAGAAUCCCUUUGGUGAAGAUCUCUAGUUUUCUUGAAUAAAUAAACUUUUCCUUUCUACA